AUGGACUCUUAUCCUUAUCAACAAUAACAAGUUUGCGGGCUUGCGGCAAGUUAGUUUUAAACGUAAGGCGAAAAAUUCGAAAAUAUUCUGUGUUAGACCUUCAGAGGUGAUAUUUAUAGAGAAUUUUAUAAGAUGAGUUCAUGAAUUGUGUGAAAAUUUGGUUGUUUUUAUGAUCAAUCUACCUACAAUCAUUAUUGAAAAUAUAUAAAAUGGAAAGUUUCCAAGAUGCUCAUUAUUACAAAUUGCCUAACCAGGGAAACAUUUAUUCCUUUACUAACCUCCAGUUGACAAAUGGCAUGAACAAAGUGCUGAUUGCAAUUUUGAAAAGAAAAAUAUUUUGUUGCGAACUUAUCAAUGGAGUAGACGGAAGUUUAAAACCGUGCGUUAAAGAAGUUCCGUUUACAUAUAUUCCACCUGGAGCUGAAAUUAUUUCUAUUGAUUCAUUCAAUCGAUCAUCGACAAGAGAUGACUUUUUUAUUGGGAUUGCCAUAAUUAAAAAUAAACAUUUUCAGGUUAACAAUGACCAAAGUGCAGAAACUUACCUUAAUGUCUAUACCGAACAGGAAAUAGAAGAAGGUGCGGAUCUUAACUUAGAAAGCAUUGCUCAAAAUUGCCUAAUGCUUGAAUUAACAUUUACUCCAUAUCAUUUAAUUCACACAUACUUAAUUAAUAUGGAUUUUUCAAAAGAGGUUGUUUGGCUUAUGUCUGGUAGUGAUUUAAAAGUGCACUUGUUCAGAGAAGAUCCACAAAAUCAUACAUAUUGUGAGACUGAUAUUUCUGAUGCAUUCCCUGAAUUUUCAUCCUUGCCUAGUGUGGUACUUUGGAUAGAUGUAAAGCACACAAGAGACUUAAAAAGAAGACUGACUGCUUUUGGUUGUGAAUGCGGUUUUGCAAAAUUUGUUCUAGUCGAUAGUUUAAACGGUACGACACUUCAAAGUUUUUCAGAACAAUAUGAUGCUCCAAUAUCAAGUGUUCUAUUGUUUUCGCUGGAAAACACGGCAACACCUAGGCUUCCUUUGACCCAUACAUCAUCUGAUAGAACGAUAGCAGCUAAAUUAUUUCAUGAAGUUACCGAAAUAAGUUAUAAUCUGCUCAUUAUGAAUUCUCUUCAUCCAGCAGUUGUGUUCAUGAAUAUCCUUGAAAAUGGAUUUAAUGAGAAACAUCAGUUACCUGAUAGUGAUAAAUAUGACACUCCUUUAUGUAUAUGCCAUGCAGACAUAAAUAUGGAUAUGCAGCAUGAACUUCUAAUAGGAACUUUUGCUCAGGCCUUACUUUUGUACAGGUUUGAUGGAAAAUGGAUUUUAGAAGGAACUCACAAAUUCCCUCAUGCGCUGCAUUCCAUAAAUUACAUUGACAUUACAGGAGAUGGUGUAAAUGAGCUGAUAGUAGUUACUAUGUCCGGUAUUCAUAUUUUUCAGCACAAACCUCCACAGACUUUAAAACUUUUCAAUGAGCGUCUUAAAAUACUGGAAAAUAUUCUCAGAAACCAGAACUGUGAAGAAAAAGAUGAUAUUCUAGCAAUAUAAAUUAAUGGCGGCCUUUCAUUUCUCACAUGGAUAAUCACUAAAGUUUUCCACGUUUGCUUGUUCUUUAGAGGGCAAGUUCAAAGUCAAUUAUGUUGUUUAUAUUUUAUAGUAAAAAAAUAUGUUGAUUGUUAAUUGUAUAAGUGCAAUAAUAUUAUACUUGUUG